CUCGUUUCCUAUUGGUUGAGGUGUUCGUCACUCAGCGAUACCGUCGGGGUUUUUCGCGUCGCUAUUGGUCGCGACGCGCCGUGCCGGCUCCGCCCUCUGGAGCACCGAGGACGCGCGGGUCCGAUGUAGCGAGCGCUCCCGUUCGCUCCGACGAUGCGAAGCGCGAUCGAGUCGGCGGGUGGGAACUUCCCCCGCGGUAGUUUUUGAGUUCUCGUAUUAAAACCCCGGGUGGGAUGGUAACGAGAACCGGGCCCGGGAUGGCGGAGCUUGCCUGGAGCCCCGGGGCGGCCCCGCGCCCCCCGCCCGGGCUGGAGGCGAAGCUGGGCUCCUUGGUGCUGCUGCUGCUGCUGCCCCUCGCCUGCGGGCUCGCCCCCCUCUGCUGCUUCCGCCAGCCCCCCAGCUCCGCCGACACCCGCAGCCCGGUGCUCAGCCUGGUGAGCUGCUUCGCCGGCGGCGUCUUCCUGGCCACCUGCCUGCUCGACCUCCUGCCCGACUACCUGGCCAGCAUCACCGCGGCGCUGGAGGGGCUGCGCAUCACGCUGCAGUUCCCCUUACCGGAGUUCAUCCUGGCCAUGGGCUUCUUCCUGGUGCUGGUGCUGGAGCAGGUCGCGCUGGCGCAACGGGAGCUGUCGUCCAUCCCGGAGGAGACGCGCGCUCUGCUUCCCGCCGGUUCCAUCCAAACCCCUUCGCCUCAACCCUCCGUUCCCGGAGUCCGCGGCGCCAUCCGCUCCGGGUUGUUGGUGCUGGCGCUGGCGCUGCACGCCGUUUUGGAGGGGCUGGCGCUGGGGUUGCAGGAGGCGGAGGGGGCCGUGCUGCGCGUCUGCCUGGCGUUGCUGCUGCAUAAAUGCGCCGUGGCCUUCAGCCUGGCGCUGAAACUGCUGCGGGGUCGUCUGAGGCCGCCGGCGGUGGUCGCCUGCUUGGUCCUUUUCGCUAUGAUGUCACCGUUGGGCGUGGGGUUGGGGACGGCGGUGGCGGCGGGCGCAGGAGCGCGGCAGCGCCUGUGCCGGGGGGUGCUGGAGGGUUUAGCGGCCGGGACGUUCCUUUACAUCACUUUCCUGGAGAUUUUGCCGCAGGAACUUGGGGUCCCCCAGCAUCGCAUCCCCAAGGUCAUCCUGCUCCUCGCCGGCUUCGCCCUCGUCACCGCCAUCCUCUUCAUCAAGAUCUGAGAUGGCCCCUCCCCGGAGUGGGGGAUCCCCCCCCCCAAACAGGACCCCAGGGAAGGGGGUUCCCCACGUCACCCCUUCCUCUGUGCAAGUGCCAAAGUGUCGGGACACCCCCCCCCCCCGCACGCCCUGUGCCUCAGUUUCCCCAUUUGCACAGGGGGAACGGUGCUGUCCCCCUGCGGGACCCCCACAAUGGGGGGGGGGAGGUGAGUGUGUGUCGUCCCCCCACCCACAAGUGCCCUUACAGCGUGGGUGGGUGCCCCGGGGGACGCAGCCCGGGCCCCCCCCCGCCCCCCCAAUGGGGAGAGGUGUUGGAUGAAGCAAAUAAAGGACUGGACCUGC